GGUCAGGUACCACGGUGGCCGCCAUGUUCGCAGUUAUGGCAGGCUGAAGCGCUGCUCUCGGUGAGCGUCUGUGGUCCCGGUCAGCAUCAACAGUUUCCCCCCACAACACCACGAACCGACCUGCUCCUCGCGAACCCGUCCUCCCGACAUAACGGUCCGCUAACCCCGGCAGCCUUCUCCGCAGCGGACCGCCAGGACACAAACAGCCCCUCGGACUUCCACAGACACGGGAAGGGGAAAGACAUGCAACGUGGAGCGGAGCUCUAGGUGGACUACGAUGUCUUAGACUUCAAGGAGAGGAUAUUCCUGGUACAAGAUGGAGGUAAACAGCGUUAGCAGUGAGGUCAAUGGACAUCAGAUCAUGGAUGAGCCCAUGGACGAGGGAGAGUCAUUCUCAAACUGUGAUGAUGAAACAUACAAAGAGAUUCCUAUCACCCACCAUGUGAAAGAGGGCUGUGAGAAAGCUGAUCCAUCUCAGUUUGAACUACUCAAAGUCCUCGGUCAGGGCUCUUUUGGCAAGGUGUUUCUUGUCAGGAAGAUCUUGGGUCCAGAUGCUGGUCAGUUAUAUGCAAUGAAAGUGUUAAAAAAAGCAUCUUUGAAAGUCAGGGACAGAGUUCGAACUAAGAUGGAGAGAGACAUUUUAGUGGAAGUUAAUCAUCCCUUCAUAGUGAAAUUGCACUACGCCUUUCAAACGGAAGGGAAACUGUAUUUAAUACUGGACUUUCUCAGGGGAGGGGAUGUAUUCACUCGCUUAUCCAAAGAGGUUAUGUUUACAGAGGAAGAUGUGAAAUUCUACCUUGCAGAGCUGGCUCUGGCCCUCGACCAUCUGCACAACCUGGGCAUAGUUUACAGAGAUCUCAAACCAGAGAACAUCUUACUUGAUGAAGCUGGGCAUAUAAAAUUAACAGACUUUGGCUUGAGUAAAGAAUCAGUAGAUGCUGAUAAAAAGGCGUAUUCCUUCUGUGGUACGGUGGAGUAUAUGGCCCCUGAGGUGGUCAACAGAAGAGGACACACUCAGAGUGCAGACUGGUGGUCUUUGGGCGUACUUAUGUUUGAGAUGCUAACAGGAACAUUACCUUUCCAAGGGAAAGAUCGCAAUGAAACCAUGAACAUGAUUCUCAAAGCUAAGUUGGGAAUGCCUCAGUUCCUCAGUUUGGAAGCUCAAAGUUUACUGAGGAUGCUGUUUAAACGUAACCCCGCUAACAGACUAGGGGCGGGGCCUGAUGGUGUGGAGGAAAUCAAACGUCACCCGUUCUUUUCCACCAUCGACUGGAAUAAGCUGUACAGGAGAGAACUGCAGCCCCCGUUUAAGCCUGCAGCAGGUAAACCAGAUGACACGUUCUGCUUCGAUCCGGAGUUCACCGCUAAAACGCCUAAAGACUCCCCAGGUAUCCCACCCAGUGCUAACGCCCACCAGCUCUUCAAAGGCUUCAGUUUUGUUGCACCGACCCCUAUGGAUGAGAACAAGAGCUCCCCGAUGCUCAGCAUACUCCCCAUUGUUCAGGUGCACACUAACCUCCAGUUUCCAUGA